CUCCCUCCUACCCUGUGCACUCAUUUGCCUGCAUUGCUGCUCUUUGCCUCGCCGUUGCAAUCCUCUCUCACUCGCACUACAGAUACCAUGAGUACAAGGCUCUCCUAUUCUGUGCGUUCCUCCACCUCCCAGGCGCCCCUGGCCCAGGUGUCCAUGCAGCGCACCUCUGUCCGGCCUUCCUUCACGUCGGCCAGCAUCCACGGCGGAGCCGGAGGCCAGGGUUCUCGCAUCUCCUCGGCCUCCUUCGGCGGCCUGCGCAGCGGGCUGGGAGUUCCGGCCUCCUCCGUGGCCACCUCCUUCCAGGUAUCCUCAGGCGGCGGCACCGGCGAGAUCAUGGGCAACGAGAAGUUUGCCAUGCAGAACCUGAACGACCGCCUGGCCUCCUACCUGGAGAAGGUGAGGUCCCUGGAGAAGGCCAACAGCAAGUUGGAGCUGCAGAUCCGCGAGGCCCUGGAGAAGAGGGGCCCUGACGUCCAUGACUACAGCCGCUACCAGGCCAUCCUCGAUGACCUGCGAAAGAAGGUCUUUGAUGCUACUGUGGAUAACGCCCGCCUCGUGCUCCAGAUUGACAAUGCUCGCCUAGCUGCUGACGACUUCAGGGUGAAGUAUGAGUCAGAGUUGACCAUCCGCCAGUCAGUGGAGGCUGAUAUUGUUGGCCUGAGGAAGGUCAUCGAUGAUACCAACCUUGGCCGCAUGAACCUUGAGAGUGAGAUCGAGGCCCUCAAGGAGGAGCUUAUCUUUCUCAAGAAGAACCACGACAAUGAGGUGAUGGAGCUGCGCAACCAGAUUGCCCAGUCGGGAGUGCAGGUGGACGUUGAUGCUCCAAAGGGCCAGGACCUCGCUCAGAUCAUGGAGGAGAUGAGAUCCAAGUAUGAGAAGAUAGCCCAGAAGAACCAAGACGAGCUCAAAACCUGGCAUGAGUCACAGAUCCAAGAAGUGCAGGUACAGGUCACACAGAGCACAGAGGCCCUCCAGGGUGCAAGAACAGAAAUCAAUGACCUGCGCAGACAGCUUCAGACGCUGGAGAUCGAGCUGGAAUCACAGAAGAACUUGAAAGCGUCACUGGAGGGCACACUGCGGGACACAGAGAUGCGCUAUAACAUGGAGAUCGAGAAUCUGAAUUCAGUCAUCGUGCAGUUGGAGGCCGAGCUGAUGCAGAUUCGCGCCAACAUUCAGCAGCAGUCCCAGGAUUAUGAAGCUCUCCUCAACAUGAAAAUGAAGCUGGAGGCGGAGAUUGCCACCUACAGGAGACUCCUCGAUGGCGGAGACUUCAAGCUCGAGGACGCUGUUGACGAGCAGAAAAGGGUAAAAGUGAUGACCGUCACACAGACACUGGUGGAUGGAAAAGUGGUGUCCUCAACCACGGAGACGAAGGAGAGAAAACUCUAAAUAACCCAACCUGGACAACACAAUGCAAACACUUCAUAGGCCAAUACUAACAACUAUCCACAGUGUAGUAAGUUUGGAGGAAGAGAGCUAUUUAUUGGAGCCAGAGUGCCUUAGCUUCAGUCUGUCAGGGAUAAUGGUGAAGUUUAUUUUUCAGAGUUAACAGAUAUGGGCAGAAGCAUACAUCCCUGUGUUAAGUAACACGGCUAUUUUGUGAAAUCAUCAAGAAUGGCCAUGUUUGUUUUGCUUGUUGUGUUGUACAUGAUCUGGUUAGUUUCAAUAAAUCUGAAGUCUUCUCAUA